AUGCAUUGCCUCACUGACGAAGAGCUUGGAGAGCGCUACGGAUUUGAAAAGGAGAUUGGCAGCGGUAAUUGGGGAAGCUGCUGGAAAGCAGUCAUCACCCAUUCUUUGCGUGAGUACGCUUCGGGCAAGCCUCAACGACGCACAGUGGCGGUCAAACUGGUCGUGCGCGAUCACUCCUCUGCGAGCAAGUCCAGAGUCAAAGCUCUUUGGAAUGAGUUCAAAGUCAUGAGAUCGGCUUGCAGCUUCGAAGAAAUGCACCCCAAUCUCGUCGUCUUUCGAGAGUUCCUCUUCAGUCCAAGCUACGCGUGCUUGACGAUGGACUUCUUUGAUCAGGCUAUGCAAGUGUGCCUCUCUCGCUGGGUGUACGCGGGGCCGGAUGGCUUUUUCCAGCAGCUCACGUCGGCCGUCGCGUGGCUUCACGCACGUAACAUCACGCAUUGUGACAUCAAGGUCCAGAACAUGAUGGUACACCCUGGCCCAGACGGUCGAGAGCGGCCGAUAUUGCUCGACUUCGGCUUUGCUAAGAAUCAUGAUCCCAACUCCGGCUUCAUCACCAAUGCAAGGUGGGGUACCCCGGAGUAUCUCUCGCCAGAGCGAGCUCGCGGCGAUGAUCACGACGAGCGACUCGCCGAUGUCUGGGCCCUCGGAGUCAGCCUUUACGAGAUCGCCGUUGGUCGCACACCGUUUGAGAACGUCAACGAGACAUUCCUCGACACCGAAUCUCUCACUCUGUACUACGAGAGGACUGUCAUGUCCGCUUGGCAAGGCAAUUGGGACAUGAUAUCCGUGCACUGCGAAAGUCUCGUUCGCGCCAUGGUCGAACCAGACACCAAGAAACGCAUACAAGCGAAAGACGCC